AUGGCAGCGACAACAAAAGGAGGGGAAGAACUUGAGGGCGGCGAUGGAUCGAUUGAGCGAGAGAGACGCGAGCUGGGGUCGAGCAUUGGCGUACGGACACGGGGUGGCGAGGACGAGCUGGCAAGGCUGAGAUCGAACAGAUCGGGGCUGUGUCGCGUGGAUCUGCCCGGAGAUGGCUUGAAGGGGUGCGUACGGACUCGAGCUCGGCCUGCUGGCCUGGGCUCAACGGCGUGGACAGCGACACGAGCAACAACUGAUGGAGGGCUAGGUGGUCAGCUCGGCCUGCGAACAUGCGGGCCAAGGUGGUGCGACGGUGUGGCUAGGGGCUGGUUCACUGGUGGAUCGGGCAGCCGGCGACGGUGGCUAGCCGGAAAAAUGGGGACUUGGCCGGAUUUUGGAUGUGAAGGGCUAAUGGACUUGCUAUUGAGUGUGUAA